ACCACUUAGACCUCAAUUUCUCAGUCAAUUUGUUUUGCUCUAACUUUUCCAGCAUCUCUGCCCUCCUUCUAUGUAAAAAACCCCAAAAAUUAAUCGAAUCAACUAUUGAAAGAGGCGAAAUUGCUAUAGAAACUUCUGAUAAUCAACAACUCGAUUAUGUCCCAAACCAAGUCUCUCUGCAGUCCAACAUCACUACUGAAUUAUCCGUAUACUCAACAAAACAAUAUGAGUGAGGCAGAAGAUAGGAUUAGCAACUUGCCAGCCUCACUUCUUCACCAUAUUCUCUAUUUUGUUCCUACUUGCGAUGCUGCUCGGGCUAGUGUAUUAUCUAAACGAUGGAAAUACAUAUGGAGGUCUAUCCCUAGCCUUCAUUUUGAGUUCGAGGGUUCCUCGCAGGUCAAUAAAUUUAUGAAUUUUGUGGAUACAGCGUUGGAGCUUCACGAUGAGUCAAACAUAGAGGAGUUCUUUCUCGAAUCAGAUGUCCACUUGAGCGAACCUCAAAUUAGAAAGUGGAUCUCCACAGCAAUAAGUCACAAAGUUGAAGUACUCACUCUCAUAUUGAACCAAGAAAACCCAAUUUCGAUGCCAUCAUCAAUUUAUACUUGUGAGUCAUUAACUAAUUUGAAGCUAUGUUCAAGCCCUGGUAUCUGUUUUCCUGAAUAUAUAUCUUUUCCACGAUUAAGAAGACUUAUGCUUAUUGGAGUGGAAUUUAUAGAUGAGUGCUGGAAUGAGCAACUCUUUUCCAAUUGCCCAGUACUAGAGAUUUUGUGUAUGGUAAGCUGCACCUGGUCUGAUAUGAAGAAUUUUUGUAUUUCAAAUCCUGCACUGAAAUUCUUAUUAAUUUUAAAUGUGGAAGAAGAAGAUGGUUUUCUGAACUGUGUUCUCAAAAUUCAUGCACCAAGUCUAGAGUCUCUCACCUACAAAGGUAGGCCAGCGAAGGAUUAUGCACUGUCUAGCAUCCCAAAACUAGUUGAAGUACACAUUGACUUUUUCUAUGAAGAAUUUGGUGCGAUGAUUGAUUAUGGUGCAGUUGUAAGUAAGUUUCUUCGAGCAAUUACACAUGUGGCUUAUCUGCAAAUUUCUGUCCGAACCCUACAGGUUCUCUCUGUUGCAGACGAUUUAUUGAACACUUUACCUUCAUAUCAUAAUUUGAACCAGUUGCAUCUGACUCAGAAAGUAACCGUUGGUAAAGCACUAAUUGGUUUGCUCGAAAAAACACCUAAUCUAGUAUCACUCGAUUUUGAAGGGUUUGUUCCGGCUUUCGCUGGCGAAGAAGAAGACAACAGUGACAAUUCAGGUGAUGAUGGGGGUGAAGACAACCACUACAAUGAAGAUGAUGGUUGGGCAGUUGGAAAGGUGGCUACCAGAUGUUCUUUUCUAGAGCAUCUCAAGUUAGUUAGCUUUGACAAAUUUACUGGCAAUGAAAGGGAGAUGAGAUGGUUGAAACUAAUUUUGAAUAAUGCAAAAGCUUUGCAAGCAUUGGAUGUUUCUUUUGAGUCCAUUUCACAUGGGAAAAGCAAAAGGCUAAUGGCAAAUAUUUCAAGUCUUCCAAAAGCUUCGGCGAGUUGUUUGCUCAAAUUCUUCUAGGUCUUGUUUUCACAAGGCAUUGUUAUUUCAAAUCUUAGAAUCAGCUUUGUUUCGAAAACUGGUGGUAAUUUUCAAUUUGAAUGGUUUACAUUCUAGUUGCA